AUGUCAGCACCCACCUCCGGCCUGUUGCAAAAAAAACAGCCGAGCAGCUCAGCUAGUUUCACAGAAAUUCCCGGAAUGCGACCAGACGAGGAGCUGGGAUCGUUGUCCUGGCAAGUUCAUUUGAGUAAAUUCGUUGAAAUGCAGACGGCUUUCCUGCAGGCAGCCGUCGGGAAGUUUUCUGGCCUGAAGGGCAGACCAACUCGAGGACACUGGUUGAAGAGCAGAGACCUUGUGACAGUCACGCUCGUCAAACGCGCUGAUCCCAAGCUCUCCACGAUUUCCUUGAUCUGUGGAGUCACUUACGAGCAACAUUACGUGUUACGAGUUCACCUUUUCCAGCCGAUUUGUCGGCCACAAGCUUCUGCCGAGGCUAUACCCUCUAGGGUUGUCGUAGCGUGCUAUACCACAGCAGAUUCUCCAUCACAGGGCUUGAUGAACGACGAGAAAGAAGCGAAGCUACAUAGCUGCGUGACUCAGCCGAGCCAACCUCAGAGUGCAGUUGAAGAGGCGCCUCCACUUUCCAUUCAACUUCAGCUGCGGCUAACGAGAACCGUGGGGGCGCAGAGGCAGGCGCCGCGGUGUUCGCGGUUGCGACGGCCGGCGAAAUUGUUUACGGCGACAUUACCAAGUGUGCGAGGCUCGCAAGCGAUCUUAGUGCGCGAAUCGCGCCAGGCGAUGCUUGCCAGCCAGCCAGUGAUUAUCCGCUGCGCUGACGUGGAGAUUGAGCGUCUGGGAUGCGGCGACUUCAGUUGGACCCAGCAGCCAACCACCGUGCGAUCCUUAUCAGCUCGAGGCAAUGGCAAGAGAAGGCGAAGUGUCAUGAGCAGCGCCCAGGGAGACGGAGCAGGAGAGACCGCUACAGCCGCUACAGCCGCAGCUGUGCAGGCUGCAGUGGAGGCGAUGCGAGCGCGGGAGAUCAAGAAGGAGCUCGAGAGCCUGGUCGCCGGGAAGGGCCCCUUUGAUUUCCUCCUAGACACCGGUAGCAGCACCACCCUCGUCUCCCCGGAUUUCGCUUAUGGCACUAUCGGGUUGUCUACUAACGAGGGCAGGAUGACGCAGGGGCUGGGAGGCAUGGGGCCGGAGGGGAAGCAGGGCCGGGAGCUGCUGCUGCCGGAUGUGAGGCUCGGGGAGUUUAGGUUCGGGCCGAUGCAAGCAGUGGUGCUGGACCUACAGUACACAGGCCUGCCUGGUUCGGUGGCGGGGAUUGUGGGGCUGUCGUUCCUGUCUGCCCUUGACAUGGACUUUGACUUCCCCAGCAGCACCCUCACCAUCAUGCACUCAGGUGCAGCGCUGGCAGCAGCAGGCAAGUGGACAGCAGGAGGCACCAUCCCCCCUCCGCCCUCUGCUGCGGCUGCUGCCUCGCAGGGAUUGGAUUUUGAGGGGCUGGCCAUGCUCGCUCCAGCCACUGUUCCCUUCAACCUGCCCACUGUCCAGAUCUCGGUGAAUGGCAAGCACUUAGAGACAGCGAUUCUGGACAUGGGGUCUGGGCUCAGCCUUAUCACCACUGCAGUGGCUUCUCGUGCUGGUGUCACUCCCUCCAGCAUUGGUGUAGCAUCAAUGGUGGAUGUGGGAGGUGGAACAACACAAAUGGGAGGAGCAAUCGCGGAUCUGUUCCUUAUAACGAAGCAAGGAGGGCCAGCAGGGACGUCGGGCGGCCGUAUCCCCUUUACAAGCCACCCCAUGAUAGUGGGGGACCUGCCUGCCCUGGCAGUGAUGGGAACGGGGGCAGUGGUGGGAAUGGAUGUGCUCAAGAGGACUCGGUGUGUGGUGUGCUUCAAGGAUAACAGGGUUCUGCUGCAAAAGAAAUAUUAG